GGUCAUCACUUGACCACAACUCUCUCUCACUCCUUCCUUCAUAUAUGCUGCCCUAAAACUUCAUAUAUAUCACCUUCUUAUUUGUACUUCCAAUACAAAGUGGAGAAAUGGCCAACAUUAAACUGAGCUACUUACCUUUGCUACUCUUCACCUUCUUCCUUGUAGCACAAGGAUCUAGAACUCAACUAAUACUUCCAUUCCAACAAGGGGUCUAUCAAUAUCCUCAAUUGCAUAUGCAAGCAACACAAGGCAGCAAUGAAGCAAAAAUGGAUAGGAAUUCAAGGAGAUUGAUGAUUGGAUCCACAGCCCCUACUUGCACUUUUAACGAAUGUAGAGGAUGCAAAUACAAAUGCAGAGCUGAGCAAGUUCCAGUUGAAGGAAACGACCCAAUCAAUAGUGCUUACCACUACAAAUGUGUUUGCCAUAGGUCAUGAAACCAGAUAUGGUUCUAAGUUUACUGGUUUAGAAUCAAACAGCGUAUUAGAAACUAGAUUCCCUUCUACAUUCAAAUACUACUAUUUCGUCUCAGUAGUUUUCUGGUUUACUUUUUUGGCACAUCAAGAAUUUCCUGCUAUCAUGAAAGAAAGCUGGAAUGUGUAUCAUUAAUUCCUUUUCUUGGCUUCUUGUUAUGUAAAGGUUUAUAAAGUUGAUUUGAGAGCAA